AUGGGGAGCUGCAAUGGCUGCCGAGUUCUGCGCAAAGGUUGCGGUAACACCUGUGUCCUCAGGCCUUGUUUGGAGUGGAUCCAGUCUCCUGAUUCCCAAGGUCACGCCACCCUCUUCCUCUCCAAGUUCUUCGGCCGCAGCGAUCUCAUCAAUUUCAUCUCCUCCGCCCCUCCCGGCCACCGUCGCACUGAGUUGUUUCGAUCGCUUCUCUACGAAGCGGUUGGGCGGACGCUGAAUCCAAUUAAUGGUGCCAUGGGACUCCUAUCGACUGGAAACUGGGAUCUCUGUGAGGCUGCUGUGAGGACGGUGCUUGCCGGUGGUACACCGACUCCGCUGGCGGAUGGAAUUUUGAUUCCGGAAGUUGACGAGAGUUCCGAGGUAUUCAAAGCUCAAAGUGCACGGUGGACGAUGAUGAUGAACCGGAAUCAGAUCGAUGCAGCAGGCACUAGCAACGCGAUUGCACCGCCAAAUGUUGUGAUCGCUGAAGACAGCGAUCGAGAUUUGUCUACCAAACCAGCCGAUGAUGUAGCGGUGGACGUGCUAAUGAGUUUCCGGCGUGGCGACGGUGGAGAUCCGAAGCUGUUGAAGCUUUUUGGUUAA